GGAGUGGUAUUUCACUUCCGGCAGUCAAAUUGAAUGUCGUUCUUUUUGUAAAGUGUCAUGGUGGAGUAACAAUUGAGGAAAUAUGCCGCAGAACGAAUAUAUUGAACGUCACCGAAAACUUUAUGGUCGGAGACUUGAUUAUGAAGAACGGAAGAGAAAGCGUGAGGCUCGAUUACCACACAAGCGAUCUCAAGAAGCCCGUAGUCUCCGCGGUAUUAAGGCCAAGUUGUUUAACAAACAACGCCGAAAUGAAAAAAUACAAAUGAAAAAAACCAUCAAGGCACAUGAAGAAAAAGAAGUGAAAAAAUCAAGUGAAAAUGCAUCUCAAGGCGCCAUACCCGUAUAUCUGCUGGAUCGUGAUGUGCAACAAAGGGCUAAAGUGUUAUCCAACAUGAUUAAACAAAAAAGAAAGGAAAAAGCAGGGAAAUGGGAUGUUCCAAUUCCAAAGGUUAGAGCUCAAGCUGAUUCAGAAGUAUUUAAAGUGAUUAAGUCAGGAAAGUCAAAAAGGAAAGCCUGGAAAAGAAUGGUCACAAAAGUAACAUUUGUUGGAGAUGGUUUCACCAGAAAACCACCAAAGUUUGAGCGUUUUAUAAGACCCAUGGCUUUAAGAUUUAAAAAAGCUCAUGUUACACAUCCUGAACUUAAGGCAACAUUUCAUUUGCCCAUUAUUGGUGUUAAGAAAAAUCCCAGUUCUCCAAUGUUCACAAGUUUGGGUGUUAUUACUAAAGGCACUGUAAUAGAAGUUAAUAUUUCUGAACUGGGUUUAGUAACUCAAGCAGGCAAAGUGGUCUGGGGAAAAUAUGCUCAGGUGACCAAUAAUCCUGAAAAUGAUGGAUGUAUUAAUGCUGUUUUAUUAGUGUAACUACUUUUUAUUGUAAAAUAAAUAUAAAAUAAAGUGAUUUAUAUCAUU